UAUCCAUAGCAAUCAUUCAGAUAUUCGUUAAUGAUAAUAUGUUGAUAAGAGAUCAAAUGUUUAUCUCGAUUGAGUUACGGAUAAAAGGAUUUCAGUCACUCAGUCUCCGGUCUAAGUGGCAGAUGCACUGAAACAUUCAAGUUCACUGAAGGCUGUGAUCGACAUGACGGCUUUCCUUGUGGCAGUUCAAAUUUUGUACUUGACGAGCCAAACAUUUGCAGAAGAUGAUAGUUAUCUACAGAUUCCUAAAGGUUUUUCAAUCGGAGCUGCAACAUCGGCUUAUCAAGUCGAAGGUGCGUGGAAUGUGAGUGAUAAAUCUGAGAGCGUCUGGGAUCGGCGAAUUCACACAAACAUCUCCUACUACGGUAAUGGAGAUAGUGGAGAUGUAGCGGCUGAUUCUUACCACAAGUAUAAAGAAGAUGUGCAAAUAAUUAAGAGGAUUGGUCUGGACCAUUAUCGAUUCUCCAUAAGUUGGUCAAGGGUUUUGCCGACCGGAUUCCCGGAUAAAGUCAGUAAGGAUGGAAUCCAGUACUACAAGAAUCUCAUUGAUGAACUGCUGGCUCAUGGAAUAGUCCCAUUCGUAACUAUCUUUCAUUUUGACGAUGUCCAAUCGUUGGCUGAGAAGACAGGGGGAUGGACUAAUGAAUCAAUGGUUGAAUACUUUGGGGAUUACGCGAGGGUUAUAUUCCGAGAGCUCGGGCCAAAAGUCAAAUUCUGGACAACUAUCAAUGAGUUGAACAUCUACUGCGAGGAGAACUUCUACGUGAAUGAGAGUGAACCAAACACAGCGUAUACAAUCCGUUAUAGUUGUAUCCACAAUCUCCUGAAAGGACACGCACGUGCUUAUCAUAUUUACAACGACGAAUUUCGAGCAACGCAAGGCGGCCAAGUUGGGAUAAUCGUGCACGGCUCUCAUCAUCUACCAGUUUCCGCUAAUGAUACGACGAGUGAAAAAAUUGCAUUUGACUUUGAAACUGGGUGGAUAAUGCAUCCCAUAUUUUCAAAAGAGGGUGACUACCCAGAAGUUAUGAAAACGAGAAUUGCCGAGAACAGCAAGGCCGAAGGGCUGCCAUCUUCGAGAUUACCAGAAUUUUCCCCCGAAUGGGUGCAGUACAUCAAAGGAACUUCUGAUUACCUCGGUUUGAAUCAUUAUGUGUCAUAUAUGGUGGAACCAGCGCCCAAGUCUGAUGGAAGAUGGUACGAUGAUACGGGUCUUAAAAAGACUGAUAACCCCAAGUGGAAUUAUACCAUCUCCGGAUUUCCCAUAUUCCCGAAAGGCAUCGGAGCGGUUCUGAGAGAGAUAAAGUUAUCGUACAAUAAUCCGCCAGUUUACAUAUUAGAAAAUGGAAUGGCGACAAGAUCAGGAAUUAAUGAUACGGAUAGAAUUUCAUUUUUGUAUUCCUUCAUGAAGGAAGUGCUGUUAGCUAUUCGUGAUGGAUGUAACGUGAGAUCGUAUACUAUUUGGAGUUUGUUUGAUAAUUUCGAGUGGUAUGUUGGAUAUUCACAACCGUUUGGGAUAGUCCACGUGGAUUUCAAAGAUCCUAAUCGCACGAGAACUCUCAAGCUGUCGAGUCACUGGUUGGCUAAAGUUCUGGAAGAAAGAAAGCUCAUACCAUAUAAGGAUAUGGUUGCAAACCCUAAAAAUGGUUCUGGCUCGUUGCACGGAAAGAACGCCCUUUAUCGGUUGGAAGUUUUGUUCACACUUGCAGUCGUGUUCACAUUGCGUAGAAUUUUAGUAUCCAGGAACAAAUUCACGUUUAGUCCAAUAUAUUUUCCAGUGCUGAUAAUGAUUUUUUUCCUGAUUUGGCUAAUGGUUUUUUUCCGUUUUGCCCCGCGGAAUUUUACCCAGAAAUUUCACUCCGGGGGAAGUGGUCGAUGCAUCAGGCUGAUAACGACUGAUAUUUUUAAUCUCACGAGAGUUGAGGAUAAAGAGAUUUUUGGUAUUGAAUUCACGGUCUCGGUAUCACAAGUAUUAAAGUCAACCAGAGUUAUAUUAUAUAAUGGGUCACGAAGCUUCGUACUGGUGCUACAAAUGUCACCGACACUUCACGAACAAAUAUUCGCAGGACAUGCGGGUCAUUUUGCUAUUCCCGAAGGGCUUUCUAUCGGAGCUGCAACAUCCGCUUACCAAAUCGAAGGGGCAUGGAAUGUAAGUGAUAAAUCGGAAAGUAUAUGGGAUCGGCGAACUCAUACUAAUCCAUCUCAUUACAACGGAGGAGAUAAUGGAGAUGUAGCAGCUGAUUCCUAUCACAAAUAUAAAGAAGAUGUGCAGAUACUUAAGAAUAUAGGCGUGAAUCAUUAUCGAUUUUCUAUAAGUUGGUCACGAAUAUUACCGAGUGGAACACCAAACAUAAUUAGUCAAGAUGGAGUACAGUACUAUAAUAAUCUUAUUGAUGAACUGCUGGCCAAUGGAAUUGUUCCAUAUGUUACGAUGCUCCAUUUUGACGACGUGCAAUCCUUGAUUGAAAAAACAGGGGGAUGGACCAAUGAAUCAAUGGUUGAACAUUUUGCUGAUUAUGCUAGAGUUCUGUUCAAUCAAUUGGGAUCCAAAGUGAAAUUUUGGUCUACUAUCAAUGAGUUGGAUGUUUACUGCAUGUACAUUUUUUUUACUAAUGAGACUGAAGCAAAUACAGCAUAUUCAGCUCGUUAUUCUUGCGUACAUAAUCUUCUGAAAGCACAUGCACGGGCGUAUCAUAUUUAUAACGAAGAGUUUAGGCCAACACAAGGAGGUCAAGUCGGAUUGAUCAUGAGUGGUGUGAAUCAUAUUCCGAUAUCUUCGGAUGAUUUGGAGAGCGCGAAAAUUGGAUUUGACUUCGAUAUUGGAUGGAUUAUGCAUCCAAUAUUUUCCAUGGAAGGUGACUAUCCACCGGUGAUGAGACUGAGAGUUGCAGAGAACAGCAAAGCAGAGGGUUUGACAAAGUCAAGGCUACCAGAAUUUUCGGCUGAUUGGGUUAAUUAUAUCAAAGGUUCUGCUGACUACUUGGGUUUAAAUCAUUACGUAUCUUAUAUGGUGGAACCAACUCCGAAAAUUAACGGAAGAUGGUACGAUGAUUCUGGCCUGAUAAAAACCGAUCACCCCCACUGGCAAUUUACUACCAACGGAUUUUCAAUAGUCCCCGAAGGCAUUGGAGCAGUUCUAAGACAGAUAAGAGAUGCCUUCGACAAUCCACCUGUCCACAUAUUGGAGAAUGGAAUGGCUGGGAGCUCUGAACUCGAUGACGCCGAUAGGAUUUCAUACUUGUAUUCUUUCAUGAAGGAAGUGUUUCUGGCUGUCCAUGAUGGGUGUGACGUGCGGUCGUACACCGUUUGGAGUCUGUUGGAUAAUUUUGAAUGGGUUGAUGGAUAUUCGCAACGUUUUGGACUUGUCCAUGUAGAUUUUAAUGACCCGGACCGCCCACGCACCCCCAAGCGUUCUAGUCUAUGGCUAAAGAAAGUAAUCAAGGAGGGACGAUUGAUACCCUUCGUGGAUACCUCCUUCGACUGCGAGAAUAAUCAAAAUUUCACCAAAAUUAAUCAGCUGUAUUGCCAAUCAGAUUACCCGCAAAGUCAACAUUGUUUUGCAUUCCCAUGAAUGAACUUUUCAAUUUAUUGAAUUAAAAUUCAUUAACUGGUUGUCUUUAAAUGUCUGCAAUGUCCUAUCAACUUUGAAAAAUGGAAAAGGGUGAAUGUGGAAUCCCAGUGAUAUUUAAUACAUGAGAAGACAUUUUUUAAAAACCACCCUUGUGCUAACACCGGUCAUUUCACCGAGGAAAAUCCGAUUUUCAUUUACUGUUACCAAGACUCGCAAAUAAUUUUACUUUUACGGCUUCAUAUUUUUUACAGGCCGUGGAUUACGAUAUUUUCUACUACUUCAACUAUUAUUUAUUGCUAUAUCUGAAAGGAAAAUUAAAAAUUAUGUAAUUACAGCGUCAAAUUAAUGUACUCAAUUCUGACAUAAAAUACAUUCAAUUUACCGACA